GGGUCCGCUGUAACCAGGCAGCGCGGUAGGGUGAGCGUUGUUUCCACGUCAGUGAGAGGAGCGGAGCCGGUGCCUGGCGUCCCUCAGAGACCCUUCUCCUCCGGGAACCCGGCGCUGCCACAGUCGCCUUCACGGCAUGCCAAGGCGGCCGUCGACGCCGCCCGCCAGCAGCGCCAUUUUGGAUGCCGGCUGGAUGGAGGGGGUUGCCAGGAGUGUAGAUAAGAACAUUUACAUUGUACAAGGUGAAAUCAAUACAGUGGUGGGAGCCAUAAAGCGCAGUGCGAGAUGGAGUACUCAUACACACUUGGAUGAAGAAAGAGAUCCCCUGCUGCACAGCUUCAGUGUUUUGAAAGAAGUGUUGAAUAACAUAACUGAGCUUUCAGCUAUUGAACCUAUUGUCUUCCUUCGACCUUUUUUGGAAGUUAUCCGUUCAGAAGAUACUACAGGCCCUAUCACUGGAUUGGCUCUAACAUCAGUAAAUAAAUUCCUUUCAUACGCACUAAUAGAUACUAACCAUGAGGGCACAGCUGAGGGAAUGGAGAACAUGGCAGAUGCUGUCACACAUGCCCGGUUUGUUGGCACAGAUCCUGCAAGUGAUGAGGUUGUCUUGAUGAAGAUCUUACAGGUCUUGAGGACUCUACUCCUUACUCCAGUUGGUGCUCAUCUCACCAAUGAAUCAGUGUGUGAAAUCAUGCAGUCUUGCUUUCGUAUAUGCUUUGAAAUGAGACUUAGUGAGUUAUUGAGAAAAUCUGCAGAGCACACUCUGGUCGACAUGGUACAGCUGCUCUUCACAAGAUUACCUCAGUUUAAAGAGGAACCUAAAAGCUAUGUGGGGACUAACAUAAAAAAGAUGUCUCCAUAUCUCCUCAGCAGCCUGGAUCUGUGUAAUGGGGAACAGUCCAAAGCCCUGAACCAGUUAGAGAGAGUACUGCUCUUUAAGAAAUUGAAGCUGAAAAUGAGAGCAGGGGGGAUGAGUGACUCAUCAAAAUGGAAAAAACAGAAGAGAUCACCAAGGAAUUCUUACCAUGCAACCAAAACAUCUCCAGGAACAGAGCCAUCUUCUGCCAAUGGUACAGGUGGAGUAAAUUUUAUUGAUGCACCUUCUUCCAGUUCGGAAAACACGUCUUCUACAGUCAGUCCUUCUACUGACAGUGGUGUAGAUAUUGCUUCCCAUGUCGGCUCAAAGGAAGAUCUUACUGACUUGCAAGUGGUUAGUUCUCUGGAAAUAAAUACAGCAGUGCCUUUAACAGAACAUGGAGCCAGAGAGCUACUCGAAUCCCAGAGUGAAUGCCCUCGAGAGGAAAAGACUCCGUCUGCCUCAGUGGAGUCAAUUCCAGAGGUUCUUGAGGAGUGCACAUCUGUGACUGAACAUUCAGAUUCUGCUUCAGUUCAUGACAUGGACUAUGUCAAUCCUCGGGGAGUGCGGUUUACUCAGUGUUCUCAGAAGGAAGGAACAGCGUUAGUUCCAUACGGGUUGCCCUGUAUCCGAGAAUUACUCCGCUUCCUCAUUUCCCUCACUAACCCACAUGACCGACACAACUCUGAGGUGAUGAUCCACAUGGGACUACAGUUGCUCACUGUUGCACUAGAGUUGGCUUCUGUUGCAAACUUCCCAUCCCUCCUAGGACUUGUUAAGGAAGAGUUAUGUCGAUAUCUUUUUCAACUACUGAGUGUGGAGCGGCUGAAUUUGUAUUCAGCCUCCCUUAGGGUUUGCUUCCUCCUUUUUGAAAAUAUGAGAGAACACCUUAAAUUUCAACUGGAGAUGUACAUUAAAAAGCUGAUGGAGAUCAUCACUAUCGAAAACCCUAAGAUGCUCUAUGAGAUGAAAGAGAUGGCACUAGAGGCCAUAGUUCAACUCUGGAGGAUACCUAGCUUUGUCACUGAGCUCUACAUCAACUAUGACUGUGACUAUUACUGUGCUAACCUAUUUGAAGAUCUCACCAAGCUGCUAUCCAAGAAUGCUUUUCCUGUUUCUGGACAAUUGUACACCACUCACCUACUAUCCCUUGAAGCAUUGCUGACAGUGAUAGACAGAACUGAAGCGCAAUGCCAAGCCAAAGUACUCAGCAAUAUAUACCAGCAGGAAAAAGCAGCACUAAAACCAAGCACGGAAACUGCUGGCAGUGUCAGAGAAACAAGCUCUAUUGCUGAGCGAACAGUUAUAGUAGAAGGCAAGUCAGCCACUGAAGAAUUAGCAGAGAUGUCUCCACCCGCGAAUGGUAGCUUGGUGACAAACCAUAUGCAUUUGGAAGUGGGAAGUGAUGCAGAAAAAAACACUCCAAAGAAGCCUACUCGCUUUUCCUGCCUCUUACCUCAAGUUCAAGAAUUGAUAAUGAUCAAGAGUAAAAAAAAGCUCUUGAUAAAUGGUUCAGAACAAUUCAAUCAAAAGCCAAAGAAAGGAAUACAGUUUCUUCAGGAGAAAAAACUCUUGAGUACUCCCAUGGAUAAUAAUGAAGUGGCAAAGUGGCUGCGGGAAAAUCCUAGACUUGACAAGAAAAUGAUUGGCGAAUUCAUAAGUGACCGGAAGAAUGUAGAUUUACUGGACAGCUUUGUCACAACCUUUGGUUUCCAAGGCUUACGAUUAGACGAAGCCCUGCGACUCUAUCUAGAAGCCUUCCGGCUGCCGGGAGAAGCUCCUGUAAUCCAUAGGCUGUUAGAAGUUUUUACAGAACAUUGGCGCAAAUCAAAUGGAUCUCCCUUUGCUAAUAGUGAUGCUUGUUUUGCCCUGGCCUAUGCAGUUAUCAUGCUGAAUACUGACCAGCACAACCACAAUGUUCGCAAACAGAAUGUACCUAUGACGCUAGAGGAAUUCCGAAAAAACCUGAAAGGAGUAAAUGGAGGCAAAGAUUUUGAACAGGACAUGCUGGAGGACAUGUACCAUGCUAUCAAAAAUGAAGAGAUUGUGAUGCCAGAGGAGCAGACAGGUCUAGUAAAGGAAAACUAUGUAUGGAGUGUGCUGCUGCAUCGUGGGGCCACGGACGAAGGCAUUUUUCUGCAUGUCCCACCUGGAAGCUACGACCAUGACCUCUUUGCUAUGACCUGGGGACCUACUGUUGCAGCCCUGUCCUAUGUGUUUGACAAGAGCCUAGAUGAAUCCAUAAUCCAGAAAGCUAUUUCUGGUUUCAGAAAAUGUGCUAUGAUUUCUGCCCAUUAUGGCCUCAGUGAUGUUUUUGACAAUCUCAUCAUUUCACUCUGCAAAUUUACAGCUCUUAGCAGUGAGUCUAUUGAGAACCUGCCUACGGUUUUUGGAAGCAAUCCUAAAGCCCACAUUGCAGCGAAGACUGUAUUUCACUUGUCUCAUCGCCAUGGUGAUAUUUUGCGAGAGGGCUGGAAAAAUAUCAUGGAGGCUAUGCUGCAGCUUUUCAGGGCAGAGCUUUUGCCAAAAACAAUGGUGGAGGUUGAAGAUUUUGUGGAUCCCAAUGGCAAGAUCUCUCUCCAGCGUGAGGAGACACCUUCCAAUCGUGGUGAAUCUACAGUGCUGAGUUUUGUUAGCUGGCUGACACUCAGUGGCACAGAACAGUCCGGAAUGAGGGGACCUUCGACAGAGAACCAGGAAGCAAAAAGAAUGGCACUGGAAUGCAUUAAGCUAUGUGAUCCAGAGAAAUUAAUCACUGAAAGCAAGUUUUUACAGCUGGAGUCCCUGCAGGAACUAAUGAAAGCUCUUAUUUCUGUGACUCCUGAUGAAGAAACAUAUGAUGAGGAAGACUGUGCCUUUUGUUUGGAGAUGCUUCUGAGGAUUGUACUGGAGAAUAGGGAUCGGGUAGGCUUUGUGUGGCAGGCAGUGCGAGACCAUUUUUACCACUUGUGUGUAAAUUCCUUGGAGUAUUGCUUCCUGGUGGAGAGGGCAGUGGUGGGGCUGCUGCGGCUGGCGAUCCGUCUGUUGCGCAGAGAAGAGAUUAGUGCUCAGGUCCUGCUUUCCUUGCGCAUCCUGCUCAUGAUGAAACCUAGCAUGCUGAAUAAGGCCAGUCACCAGAUUGCAUAUGGACUACAUGAGCUUCUCAAGACAAAUGCUGCCAACAUCCACUCUGGAGAUGACUGGUACACCCUCUUUACACUCCUAGAAUGCAUUGGCUCAGGGGUAAAACCACCAGCAGCUCUGCAGGCCACAGCAAGAGCAGACAAUGACACAGGGGCACAGUCAGACAGUGAGAUUUCAUGUCAUUCAAAUGAAGCCAGCCUGGAUCGUGGCUACACUUCAGAUUCAGAAGUGUAUGCAGAUCACAGCAAACAAGGCAAAAUGCACCGCUCUAUCACUGACGUGGAUGUGGUGAACAGUGGCUGGCUUGUGGUUGGAAAGGACGACCUUGACAACCCAAAGGCCAUGGCUGGACUCUCUAAACUGGGCAGCUCUCCUUUGGUGAAUCAGUACAGCCUGACUGUGGGGAUGGACCUUGGCCCACAUAAUACUAAGUCCCUCAUGAAGUGUGUAGAAUCCUUGUCUUUCAUCGUACGAGAUGCUGCCCAUGUCACCCCUGAGAACUUUGAGCUCUGUGUCAAAACCAUCCGCAUAUUUGUGGAAGCCAGUCUAAAUGGAGGCUGCAAAUCCCAGGAGAAGCGAGGGAAAAGCCACAAAUAUGACCCAAAAUCAACCCGUUUCAAGAAGAAACCAAAGGAGAGCUCACUGAGGCACUUGAGGGCCUCCAACCAGCAUCAGCACCGUUCUCCCGAUGAGGAUGAAGAUGAGGAUGAGAGUGUCCCUGCCAGUUACCACACUGUGUCUUUACAGGUUAGUCAGGAUCUGUUGGACCUGAUGCAUACCCUUCACACACGAGCCGCUAGUAUCUACAACUCUUGGGCAGAGGAGCAGCACCAUCUGGAGGCCGCAGGAAAGAAAAUUGAAGCAGACUCUCGGACAUUAUGGGCCAAUUGCUGGUGCCCUUUGCUGCAAGGUAUUGCCUGCUUGUGUUGUGAUGCACGCCGACAGGUGCGGAUGCAGGCCCUGACUUACCUACAGCGAGCUCUCCUUGUGCAUGACCUUCAAGCUCUUGAUGCUUUGGAAUGGGAAUCCUGUUUCAACAAGGUGCUGUUUCCAUUGCUGACCAAACUAUUGGAAAAUAUCAGCCCAGCAGACAUUGGUGGGAUGGAGGAGACCAGAAUGAGAGCUUCAACUCUACUUUCUAAGGUCUUCUUGCAGCAUUUGUCUCCCUUGCUUUCUCUCCCAACAUUUGCUGCUUUGUGGCUGACAAUUCUGGAUUUCAUGGACAAAUACAUGCAUUCUGGCUCCAGUGAUUUGUUGCCAGAGGCCAUUCCUGAAUCACUGAAGAAUAUGCUGCUAGUAAUGGAUACAGCCGGAAUAUUUCACAGCUCUGAUUCUCGGACAGGCUAUUCAGAUCUCUGGGAGAUCACGUGGGAACGCAUAGAUUGCUUUUUGCCAAAAUUGCGGGAUGAACUUUUUAAACAGACAGUCAUCCAAGACCCAGUUUCUACUUUACCAGUAGAGAUGCAUCCUCCGAAACCAAUAGUGUCUGCUCUGCCACAUUCCUCUGGAGGGGAUGCAAGACCAGCCACACAUUCAACGUGUCCUGAGAAGUCUCCUGAGCUGACGCUAACUGACUCAGAGAAUGCCUCAGUGCCUGGUCCAAGCACAUCCAGUGUCCCUGGCCAACCGUUUGUCUCUCCUGCUGCAACAGUGAAAGUGAACUCCGCAAAAGAUGUCUCCCCAACAAUGGCACAGCAACCCCUUAUCCUUCAGCCUCUGGCCUCCCCUUUGCAGGUUGGAGUGCCCCCAAUGACUCUGCCUAUAAUUCUGAACCCAGCCCUCAUAGAGGCCACCUCCCCCGUGCCUCUUCUGGCCUCCCAACGGCCAUCUGACUCCAUAACAACUUCUGAAGUCAAUUGAGGAGAGGUGUAAAUGGGAAACAUGGCUGGAGGAGUGAUGAUGGUAAUGGAUACAGACCUGCUGUGUCUAGUAGAAGCCAUGAUUGCUGUAGUGGAAGGCCUAGCAGAGGAGUAGCAGCUCAUCUUCCACUGUGGUUUUUCUUCCCAGUGGAUGUAAAGCCAAAAUCUUCACCCCCAAACAUCUAUUCUAACCCCUGAUUCCCUGAGUAAAGGGAAUCUCUGCAUGGUGGCCAAUUCCUGUUCUCUCUAGAGAUAAAGGGCAGCACUUACUUUUUCAUUUCUGUCCUCCUGGUGUCUGUGAUCCAAACAAAGGUGUGAUCUUCCUUUCACUGGAGAGCAAAGAAGCCAGAUUCCUUAAUUAACCAAGUGGAAAAGGUCCCAGUAUGUCUUUUCCUCCUUUACUUUGCUUGGUAUUGAUUUUCCCCGAGCUCUUAAUUCUUCAGGGCUUUAUACUGGGUAACUGUGUAUCAAACUGGGCCUUCUGUGUGGAUCUGGAAAAUAUUGCUGCCUGUAACUAGAGAAUGGAAGAAGGAAUACGAAGGCUGGGGCAGUAAACAUAUCUCUCUGAAAGAGCUGAAUGAACAGUUCCGAUUUGAUCAAGUUCUCUACUAGGGGCUCUCCUCCUUUCCUUUGACCCAUGCUGGGCAUCUAAAGCCACUCUGAAUUUGCGCUCACUGCCUUUUAGUGAGAGUGGGGCUUGGUUGAAUAGUGCAUAGGGAGUGAAAAGCUGCAAGAGCGCAGUCUUCACCACAGCUGCUCCUUUGAGAACGGGAUGCUAAGUGUUCCUUGCAGUCCUCCAGCAGUCGUUCACAUUCAGGCAAUGCCAUUGCUCUCCUGCAUCACUAGGCUGUCAGCACGAAACCAGAAAGUAAAACGUGACUCAUCUAGUGCUUCCUUCCUGUUAUGCAUUAGGCUAAAUUUUUCCACAUUUAUUGCAGAAUCCCAUUGGGAACUGAAGCCAGUGUCUACUGUGUGGAACAGCAAGUGACUGUGUGUGUAUAUAUUCAUAAGAAGUCAAUCGACUUUUAACAGUGGAAUAAAUAUGACCUGUAAAUUAAA